AUGGAGUCCCACAACACCAGAGGCGGACACCUGGAUGCCACGGCUGGCCGGGAGGUGGUCUAUUGCCACGCCUGCUCGCACGAGUGGUGGCAAGACGAGCAUGGUCUACAGUGCCCUCGCUGCGAGAGCGAGAUCACAGAGAUCGUCUCUCCCGAGAACGAUCCACGAGAAAUUCAGGACGGCCCCCCGCUUCAUGACUCUCCAGGCCGCAGAGGCAGAUACGACGACGACUCGGAUCCCGAGGAGGCCGACAUAGAGGAGCACUUGCACCGCGGUCCUGGGGGGUUUGUCGUCCACCGAACAAUAUGGGACAACUCCCAGCGGCCGGGACAGAGCCCGAACCCGGACACACGCCAGCCGCCAGAUGCGAAUGAUGGCGACCAGAUUAUUCGGCGCUUCAUUGACAUGGUCAACGACUUUGGCAUGGGCAUGCCCCCGCGGCCGCCCGACGAAACCCGCCCUCCUGGUUUCGGCGGCGGCGGUCUCUUUGGCGGUCAGGGCAAUGUUCGCACCUAUCACAGAGCAGGCCCUGGAGGCACCACAAGCUUCACGAUCGCUACCGGGCCCAUCCACAUUCAUCAAGGAGGUGGCCAUUCUCCUGUUGGACCUGGAAGCGAUCCGUUUCAGUCGUACGUCCGCCUCAACCCCCGUGGCCAGCCGCCCUCUGGACCUCGAAUCACGGUGGUUUCCAUCAGAGCGAACGCUAACCAGGCUCCCAGUAUCUUCAGCAGCGUCCUAGCCGGAGUAGGACCUCCCCAGGCCGGAGGCAUGCCAGGUCCCGGCCAGGGCCAGCGGGCAGCGGGCGGAGCGCCCACGCUACUUCAUGAGAUUCUCAGCAUGCUCAACCCGGCCAACGCCUCGCAUGGUGACGCAGUGUACACCCAAGAGGCCUUGGACCGCAUCAUCUCCCAGCUGAUGGAGCAAAACCCGCAGAACAAUUCGGCACCCCCGGCAACUGAAGACGCACUUAGCAAGCUGCAACGCAAGAAGGUGGACAAGGAGAUGUUGGGCCCUGAAGGCAAGACCGAGUGCACCAUUUGCAUCGACGAUUUUAGCGAGGGCGACGACGCCACGGUGCUACCCUGCAAGCACUGGUUCCAUGACCAGUGCGUCGUCAUGUGGUUGAAGGAGCACAACACUUGCCCGAUUUGCCGCACUCCUAUCGAAGAGCCCAACAACAAUAAUACCAACAAUGCCAACGCAAACGGCUCGAACAAUAAUCAAAACGUCAAUGCUUCUCAACGUGCGCCCACCGUGGCGACAGGCUCGUCGGAAGGCUCACAUCACCCCCUUGGUUGGAGCGAUGCGCCGCCCGGAAUGCCUGGCCACUGGGGAGCAACGGCUUUCUCUCCCCGCCCGCCCUUUUAUCAACAAACCCCGCCAGUCCCCGAUGACUCGACGAGACCCCAGAGAUCACCAACGACUGAUUGGGAUGUGCCCUUUUCCAUCUACGGAGGUUCCAGCACAAGUCGAGACGACCCUCGCAACGCUGACCUGCCUUCGCAUCCCCCUGAGGCCAGUCGAACGCCCAGCUUCCGUCUGCGUCGGGAUUCACACUCUCCCCCCAGUCUGCGCCGGCACCAGUCUGAUUCGUUCCGAGCUAGGGAACGGAGCCCAUCGUCUGGCAACUGGGAAAGAGACCGCGACAACAACCAGGACGCCGGUUCAAACCACGGUCCGCUGAACUGGCUGAGAAACCAGUUCUCCCGAGGAUCUGGGUCGGGAGACAACAAUGCGCGAGAGCGACGGAGACCAUAG